UCGUAAAUCGCUUAAUUGCUCUACGGAAUGUUUAUUGAAAAUCUUACUUAUAGGUCUAAAACCAUUAAAUUUUAACUUUUUUUGACAACUAUGAGUAAAAAUCGUGUAAAAAAUCACCUCGUUGUGUGGAGUUCAAACAUAUUUGCUAAAAAAUAAUACGGAUUGUUUAAUAACCCAUGUGAAAACAUCCGCCGAGGUCUAUCAAAAUGUAUUCUUAAGUCUUCACCCAAUACGCUUGGCGGAUCAGAUAAGAUAAUCCCCCCUCUAUAGAAAGUUUGAUUUCAAUAGUCAUGGCAUCCAAACCAAUUCUGUAUGGCACCUAUACCAGCCCCGGUGUAAAUGCUGUCAUCAUUACCUUCAAAUUACUUAAAGUCGAUUUUGAUUUUUGCUUAGUGCGGCCCAUGGAGGGAGAAAGUGGCAUGCCCGAAUAUUUAAAGAAAAAUCCCACCGGUACCAUACCCGCUUUGAAGACUGAAGAUCAGCGGUUCUUAGGUGAUUCACAUGCCAUUACAGCCUAUAUUGUGGAUCGUUAUGGCAAUGCUAGGGAUGAUGAUGGCUCCCUAUAUCCCCGAGAUUUGUAUAAGCGUGCCAAAGUUCAACAACUUCAACAUUUUGCUGAUAGCAUACUCUUUGCCACAUGUGUCAAACCCGCCUUUGCUCCUAUAUUUUCCCGCUUAUCCAAUACAGUGUCGGAAGAGAUACUCAAAAAUUUCGAUAAAGCUUAUGCCAUGAUGGAAAGAUUUUUGGUGGAACACAAAUGGCUGGCAGCUGAUCAUAUGACCAUAGCCGAUAUCAAUUGUAUUACCUGCAUGUAUGGAUUGUAUUACUUGCAGCCUUUUACGCAAGAAACACAUCCACUUCUGCACGAUUGGUUUCAGAGAAUAAUGCAAAUAUCGGAGGUUUAUGAUACUUUGAUGGGUAAUUCUGUGGCGACUUCUUUAAAUUUUCUA